GUGGCGACUCGUGUAAAUGGCUGCUUAGGCCUGGCUUUCUUUCUGGGUCUGGUUUCGGUUCCGGGGCUUAGCCCUAGACCUGUCCUUGGAGGUAGGUAUCACUGUGUGUGUCUGUUAGGGUGACUAUGGCUGGCUUCCUGCGGUUAUAGGACAUGUGCCAUUCACAGCCAUGGGGGAUAGGGGAGGAGGGGGUGUGUGUUUUAUUUUAUUUUAUUUUAUAUAUAUAUAUAUAUCUGGGGGGGAAUUAGAAAGGGGAACACAGGGCACAUUACUGAUAGACCUGUAACAUGUUAACAUGUCAGUAUUUAUACACACACACUGGCCCACUGUCACUGAAUUUAAUGACAUUCACACAGAUUGGUGCAUGUUACCUAAAAAAAGUAAACAUACAUACUGUACUUCCUGCAUGGAGCUAGGUGGUUACAAUGUGUCCAGCAGUUCGGGGUGUCCGGGUGUCACUUUGUUGUUAGACAUAGAACAAAUUGGCACAUCUUAUAUACUUACCCUCACAUCUUAAAUAUGUAAAAUUUACAACUAUGUUUGUUCUUUCUUUUAUGGUAAAAUGUGAAGUUCUAGUGUCAGUUUUCAUAUACAGACCUCCUAUGUACUAUGAAUUGUAUUGAAUCCAGGAAACCUAAUAUAUACUAUGAUUUGUGUUUUAAUAUACAAUGAUUUGUGUUUAAUACAGGAUAAUAUAUAUAUAUAUAUAAUGAUUUGUAUUUAAUACAGGAUACCUCAUAUAUAUAUAUAAUGAUUUGUAUUUAAUACAGGAUCAGGGUCGCCACCAGAAAUUUUGGGGCCCCUAACUCAGCUCAGGGUCUGGGACCCCUAGGGCCCGCCUCCAAAUACCGCCCACAAGGCCCGCCUCCAAAUACUGGCCACAGAUACACACACACUGAUACAAAAGGACACAGAUACUUACAAGCAUACAUACUGACAUACAGACACACAGGCAUACAUAGUGACAGACAGACACAUACUAACAUACAUACAGACACACAUGCAUGAGGACAUAAAGACACAUACAUACAGCCACCGACAUACAUACACACACACACACACACACAUACAUUCAUACAUACUGACAGACAUACAGACACUGACAUACAUACAUUCAUAAUGGCAUACAGACUCUGACAUCCAUACACACAUACAUUCAUGAUGGCAUACAGACAGGCAGACAUACAUACUGACAGACAUACAUACAUGCAUACAGACAUCCAUACACACAGACAUACGUUCAUAAUGAUAUGCAGACAUACAUUCAUACUGACAUACAGAUAUAUAUAUAUAUAUAUAUAUAUAUAUAUAUAGACAUACAGACAUACAUUGAUACUGGCAUACAUACAUACAUUUAUAUAUCACAUACAUACAGACAUACAUUGAUACUGGCAUACAUACAGACAUAUAUACAUACAUACUGACAGACAUACAUAAUAUACAUUGAUACAUACAUACAGACAUACAUACUGACAGACAUACAUUCAUAAUGACAUACAGACAUACAUAUAGACAGACAUGCAUGCAGACAGACAUACACACACACACACACACACACACACAGAGCACAUUUUCCAGCCACCCUCCUGUUACCUUUUCUUUGCAGGAGGGUGGCUGGAGCUGAUGGGAGUAGUCGGCAUGGCUCUCUCUCACUGCCGUGCGGAGUGAGCUGUGGCUGCUUUUUUUAACCGGGUUAGCAAUUACACGGCCACAGCGCUGACCGGGCCCCUGAAGAUAUAGGGCCCAUCGGGUGGCCCUAAGUGCAUUGGCCACCCGAUGGGCCCCAUCAACGUGCGGGCCCCUGGGCCCUUGACAACCGUUGUGGUUGUCACCCCCUGAUGGCGGCCCUGUACAGGAUACCUCAUAUAUAUAAUGAUUUGUGUUUAAUCCAGGAUACCUCAUAUAUACAAUGAUUUGUGUUUAAUCCAAGAUACGUCAUAUAUACAUACAUACACACACACACACACACACACACACACACAAUGAUUUGUGUUUUAAUACAGGAUACCUCAUAAUAUAUAUACAAUGAUUUGUGUUUAAUCCAGGGUUGAGAAAUUUAGUCUUGUUCUUAGAGCCAAAUGUCACCAGUCGUUCACCCACAUUAAAGACAGUUCUCACAUCACAGACAUGACCCAACACAUACAGCGACCACCAUCUGCGCUAAUGGCCCUGCAGUAUUGAUCUGUCUAUGCACUGGGCAACCUGCUUUUCUAACUGAAUUUCAGUUGCUGUUUGGUGGGAAUAAACUGCCAUGUGACAGUAUAAUUUACUCGUCCCGUUUAUAACAGAUGUCUUUACAGGAUUCUCAGGAAAGUAAUAGAUUUGCUUUUCUAAAUAAGUUAACAGGUAGCAAUAUUGGGGACAAAUACAGUGCUAUUCACAACCACUGCACUUUUGUGCAUAGUAAAACCAUAGAGGUAGGAUCCAUUUUCUAGGUGACAUAGAGACCUGACAUUCAUAUUUUUGGUAACUCAGAGUUUCAGGACUGAAGUAGUCUUCAUCAGAUCUGGUUUUUUUGUCUUCAACAAACUUGUUUUUAUUUUUAUUUUUUACUUUUGUUUAUUGCAGUGCAAUAUACUUUGUGUUUGUAUGUGUAACAGAGCUCCGUGUACCCCUGGCUGGGUACCUCUGACAAGGACCGCUUCCUAGCUAGAACAGGGGACAAACCGCAGCACCUCUGCCCACAGUCGCAGUGGCUUGACUGGGGCCCUGGAGCCGAAUGGGAAAGUCACUCUAUCCACCCCCAGGCCAGUGGUGUAUUCUGGUUUUGUGCUGCCCUAGGCAUGACAAAACUCAGACAACCCCCCACCCUCUUCUAAAUUUCACUUCAUGUUAAAAACCAACACGCUCUUUGCCUAAAGGUACACACUCCUUCACUAAUGCAUAGACUGACAGAUACAGUCAUUGUCACACACACUGUUUAACCAACACACACUUUCACUGAAACAUACACAUUCACUGACACACGCAAACUCACAUUCACCGACAGACACACUAACUGACACACGCUUUCACUGACAGAUACACACACUCAGUGUCAGACACACAUACACACUCACUGACAGACACAUAUACACAGUGUCAGAGAAACACAUUUGCUAACAGACAUACACAUUGACAAAUACACACUCUCAGUGACAGACACGCAUACACACACUGACAGACAUACACACACUCUUUGGCACAUACACUGUCAUUAACAGACAUACUAUCACUCACCAACAGACACACACUCACUAACAGACACACACACUCACACUAGAACACAUACUCACUCUCACUAUCAGACAUACACUAACUGACCCACACUAACAAACACACACACUAACACAUUCACAAUUUUUUUGUUUUAUUAUUUGCUUACAUUGACAUCAUAUUCCGGCUCCAGCAUCACUGCGGUGCACGCGAGGGAGCUGAGCAGGAAAGAGCUCAGAGUGCUCCCUCGCUGACCGCCUCCCACAUCAGCCCAUGCCAGCCGGGGGGGGGGCCAGAGAUGGCUACCCGGCCAGCUCCAGAUCUCCCCAGGACAAGAGGGCGUUUGGGGGCGGCUUUUUUUGCCGCCCCCCUGAAAGUGCUGCCCAAGGCAAAUGCCUUGCCAGCUUCGCGGUAAACACACCGCUGCCCCAGGUACUGGACGACACUCAGUCCUGGGAGCUCUAGUCCUUACAAGACUUCAGUUCCCGAACAAAUUAGAGAGGGCACGAACAAAGUCAGUUACCUAGUCUUUUACAGGUUUCCCUGCAGGGCCCAUAGUCUGUGGGCAGGAUUCUGGCAAGCAAGCUCCUCCAAGAGCUCGUGGCAAACUCACAUGGGAAGGGGAGUUUGUCACAGUGUGUGUAUGUGUGUAUAUAUAUAUGUAUAUAUGUGUGUGUAUAUAUAUAUAUAUAUAUAAUUUUUUUUUAAAGAGGGCACUCUAAGUGCCAUGACCACUACAGCACAGGCAACACAGUGUAUUGAUUAUGAUGCUUAGAGUCUUUGGACAUUGUGUCUUGGGUUUAUUUCAAACCUUUUAGGAGCAGUUUUAAAAACUACACACCCAUGCUAUAUGGAAACUGCCCCAGUUUUUGGGGGUUCUAAGGGCGUGUUAGCACAGUUCAAAUUCUGCAUUAUCCGUGUGGAUGAAUAGUGUGGUGCCAGUAAAAUGCCCUAUUUUUGUGAAACCGAUCCUAACAGUUUGAUAUAAAACUGUGGACUAUGCCCAGACAACUAAAGCAACAUAACCAGCACUUCGAGCAGUUAUUUAUUGUUUUUGUAUCACAAAGAUAAUGAGUGUACAAGAAUCCAGAUGUCCAUUCAGUCAAUAUGUCAUGUAUAUUAAUUAGUAACCAUUCCCGAUUUGAAUUCAGUUUUAAGUGGAUAUCAUUAAAAGCAAUAACAAAGCAAAUGACAGAAAACAAACAUUUUAUUUUCGGCGUUGUAUUGGAUUUAAAGUGUUUACUUCUAUAAUGUACUUCAUAAUUACAAUUGCAUAAAAUCCAAAAAAUCCUAAUAUGAAAAACUGACAUGAAUAUAACUUUUACAUAUUGGCUUAUUUUUAUGAAGCAAAAGAAUUCUGAAAAUUUCUUAAGACUUACUGUAGUAAGGAACAUGUAGUUUUCAUUUUAAAUAACUGCUGGUUGAAAAAUCCAUUGACCCUCCUUUCUACACAGAUCUCAGAAUAAGUAAAACCCACAAUUCAGUCUAUAUAAACUUUAGCAUGUACAUAGAACACAUACAUUUACAGAGUGUCUGCUGAUAGAUCAUCAAUAAGAUCAUCUAAUAAGUAUUAGAGACCAAGUUAGACCAAGAAAUAAUUGAAACUGAUGACUGGAAAACUUAAUUUAAAAAAAUAAAUAAAACAAACACACCACUUACAUAAAACAAAACCUCCUGUGAAGUUUUGAUGGCUUUGGGUGUUCUUGCUGGAUUCAAUAUUUGUGAAAUAAAAUUUCAAGUGUAUUUUUUUUGGUCAGUGAAAUAUGUCUAUUGUAAGACCAAUUGUUUUCUUUUUAUUUUAUAUAAACAUACAUUUGUAUAUACUUUUUAUAGAUGCCUCAUGUUGAAAAGCCUGCAUCUCGGUUUGAGCAUGGUUCCUCUGAACCUUGUGUGAAAAAGAGCAGACCCAAUGACUACGCGCCAUGGACAGAUCAAAAUAUCACUGGACACUCUCUGACUGAAAAGCGCAAAAUAAAACCAAAUGGCAAUAGUUGUUUUCCUCUCUCUAACAAGGGUAAGUUUGAGGAAAAAUAUGUUGGAAAUAAAAGUUCUACUGUCAGAGACCCCCCAAAUGAUGCUGGCACUUUGGUGGCUAGGUCCAGAGGGAUUUAUGAUUUAGAAUCUGGGGAAUGCAACUCUAAUAGUGGAAAAGAUGAACCUGAUGACCACUUAUUUAAAUGUGCUUUUACUGAAACUGACACAAGCAAAAAUUGCCCGGUUUCUAGUGCUACAUUUUCAUUAACGAGCAGUACGUUUAUUGGGCCGCUCUUUCCUCCUCCGAAAGUUAAAAAUGCUUCUCAAAGGUCUAGUAGUAAGGACAGUACUGUACCUCCUUAUAAGAUAAAAACAGUUGAGUUGCGGAAAGCCACCAAUUCUAAAGGUGACAAUGGCAUGGACUAUGAGUUGCGGCAGUUUUACAAGGAAUUACAUCAACUGGAAGAUGAAACAGAAACUGUUGACGUUCAGGAAAAUAAAUGCACGUUUUCAAACACUAUUCAGGAGCCUGUUUGCAUGACAAGUAGUCCUACUUACAACACUCCAUCUUCACAAGAUGUACACACUGUCCACACUCAUAAAAACACCACCUCUUUUAACACACAGACUGUCUGUUGUGAUCCUAAUAGGUCCAAUAUAACAAGCAAUAAUCCUUUUUUAAACAAUACAGUGCCACCAAGGUUUCAUGUCCUGGAGUCACAAAAUGUACCAAUUAAGGAAAAUGAAGCCAAGGUUUGUGGUGUGAAUCAGGAACCUUUCUCCAGAACAAGUCAUCCUCACAGCAGUGGCUUCGGCCCACAAAAUAAACAAACCUUUAACAGACAGACAGAAUGGAGAGAACACAAUAUGUCCAACAGAACUAUAAACCCUCCUUUCUUAUAUAGUAGAAUGCCACCAGGAUUCCCUGACCAACCACCUCCGUGUUUAUCUAGACCCUUUAGCCCACCACCUCAAAAUAAAAAUGUGAGGGAAAAUGAAUACAGUUCAAAAAAUAUUCAGGAAUCUUUCUACUCAACAACUGCCUACAAUAAUGCCCCGUCUUCACAAGAGGAAUAUAGUGUCAUCCCUCAUAACCAAAUCUCCUAUAAUAGAGAAACUGUAUGGCGAGAACAUGAAGAGUCCAACAGAACAAAUAAUUCUCCUUUUUUAAACAAUGCUAUACCACCAAGGUUUUCUUUAUCUGACUCCCGUGGACCACCUCGAGGAGAAUAUAAUUAUACAUCAAAUUUCCCAAGCCAAAAUAAUAAACCAUAUGUACCAUACCCUCAAAAACAGAACCAUUAUGGAUGCAAUGACAAGUAUCAGAGUCCAGAUGAACAAAAUGAAAUGCCUUCUUCCCAGAACAAGUAUAAUGAUCAAUGGGGCAGCUUUAGACAGCCAUUCCGUGAGCAUGAUAUUGAAAGCAAGCACAAAGAAUAUGGAGGCGAUAUCUGUAGAUCAAAAGAUACUUUAUUACACCAUGCCCUUCGGACGUUUAGUGAACCACAUCUGAAUAAGGAUUAUAAUAUUAAGCCUUUUGAUAGGUACAAAAGAACACUUGUUCUUUUAAGAGGUGUCCCUGGCUCUGGAAAAAGUACAUUGGCACGGUACGUAUAUUUAAAACAUCUUUGAACUUUUCUGAGAAUCUGUUUCACUUGCUAUAAUGUCAAUGCCCCUUAAUGAUGAAUCUUAACUCGCAAAAAUGAUAGGACUAACUGAUUUGCCUGUAUAAAUAAAGACACUCCAUUCUAAUUGAGUCUUGCUCCUCAACACAUUACUUUAGAAAGGGAAACUAUGGGAUUAAAUUACCCUAUUUUUAAUGCAGUAUAUAGGUAAUGCAUUAAAAAUUAAAGUUAGAAAGACACCUGUAAAGUUUAGUGCAGAUACAUAGUUGACAGUUGUUGAGGUAAGAGGAAUAACUUUUUGACUUUUAUUUUAGAAAGGGGAUGCUGUAAAACCAAGCCUGCCUAUUAUAUGGUGCAAUAGUGUGGCGGGAUCCUCAUCUCCUCUUCUGAGUGGGCCGCGUGCACUUAACGCAGUGAGAGGACACGAGCCGCGCUCCUGGCACUAGGAGCGCGGCUCGUGUCACGAGCACGCUCUUAAAGGGGCAGUGGGAGCCACAGGUGGAUUCAGGCUCCCAUUGGCCAACGUCAUUCCGGCACCCCCACACACGCACAUUUUGGGGGCGAGGGCAUGAUGUGGGCCAAUCAAAUGUUAAUUAAAGGAUAUUUAAACUUCCCUAGCCAUGUCCACUUUGCCCUAUCGUGGUUUCUGUUUCAGUACCCUUUAGUGCAUUCCUUGAUCUAUUGUGUUUAUUCUGGUACUGACCUUGGCUUUAUUCCUGACUCUGAGUUUAUCUUUAACCCUUUCCUGUCUUGUUUGCCCGUCUGACUGAUUACUGUGUACCUGACUCUGGCUAGUUCUCAUUUUCUCUGUCUCUCCAUUACCCUGACCUUGUCUCGUCUCUGAUUAUGCUUUAUUAUUAUUAUUAUUACUGGUAUUUAUAUAGGGCUAGCAUAUUCCAUAGUGCUUUACAAUAUUAUCAAAGGGGAGAUUUAACAAUAAAUGAGACAAUUACAAAAACUUACAGGAACAAUAAGUUGAAGAGGGCCCUGCUCAAACGAGCUCACAGUUUAUAGGAGGUGGGGCGUAAAACACAACAGGACAGGAGGUAGCAAUCAAACAAGGUGGAGUGAAGCAGAGCUGGAGGAGAGAAUAGAGUGCUGCUGUUUAGGAGUGAGCAAAAGACCGGUACGUGAAGUAGAGGUUACUCUGGGAGGCCAUAAGCUUUCCUAAAGAGAUGGGUUUUGAGGCACUUUUAAAUGAUUGGAGAGUCUGAUGGUGGUAGGCAGGCUAUUCCAAAGGAAAGGUGUCACCCGCAAGAAAUCCUCAAGUGUGAGUUGGCCGUACGGGUGCAAGCAGCAGACAGGAGAAGGUCAUGGACAGAGUGGAGAGACCGUGAAGGAGUAUACCUGCGGAUCAGUGAAGAGAUAUAGGAGGGGCUAGAAUUGGUCAGUAUUAAGACAAGGAGUUCAGUUUUAGAGAGAUUGAGUUUCAAAAAGCGGGAGGACAUCCAGUCAGAGAUGGAAGAAAGGCAAGCAGUGACACGUUGCAGGAUUGCAGGGGAGAGGUCCCGGGAAGAGAGAUAUAUCUGAGUGUCAUCAGCGUACAGGUGGUAUUGGAAUCCAAACGAGGUAAUAAGUUUGCUAAGAGAGGCAGUAUAAAGAGAAAAUAGAAGAGGACCAAGGACAGAGCCUUGGGGGACUCCAACAGGGACAGGGCAAAGGGAGGAGGUAUCAUUAGAAAAGGACUCACUGAAUGAAUGUUGGGAGAGGUAGGAGGAAAACCAAGAGAGGACAGUGUCACAGAGCCUGAGUGAUUGAAGAGUUUGGAGAAAGAGAACAUGGUCAGCAGUGUCAAAGGCAGGAGAGAGGUCAAGAAGAAUUAGUCCGGCCAUUCUAAGGCCCGGUAAUAUGUUAUAUCCUAGUCUUGUCACUUGCUAUCCUAAACUCUGCGUGUUGGGGUAUUACACCAUGACAAAUAGUAGCUAUGGUAAAAAUAAGUUUGUUGGCAUCAUGCUGUGCUAGUGGCUAUCAGUAGGACAGCUACAUUGUUGUUAUUCUGUAAGGGUAACAUUUGACAUGGUCAGACUGCAAGGACUGGGUCUUUGCACCAAAACCAUUUCAUUAAAGGGUUACGCCAAAUCUUUUUUGUUUUUGGGGCAUUUGUUACUUGUCACCUAUUAAAAAGAAACAUUCUAAAAUAGAUUAAAACUUACCUUUAAUGCAGCUCUGGGUCCUCCACUACUGCUGAAAGCUACAGGAUGGGGGAUUUUUUUCAGCGUGUGAUUUUUUUCCCCCCCCCCACCCCCCUUAUCUUUAUAAUAUGAGCCCACAUGCUAUUUAAUUAGGUCCCUAAUGCCUGGAGCGGGCCCAUCAUACCUUCCUACAUUGGUGCCCCCUGAAUGGUGCAAACAUAUUACGGGCACCACUGAUCGGAGGAGACCAUCACAAAAAGAGGAUUGGUCUGCUAGAAAGAUUGACAGGUUAGCCUGGCAUGAAUGCACGCCAGACCACCUGUCAAUCAUCCAAGCCGGCACAUGUAGCAGCCUAUUUUAGUGCUCUCUGCAGGAUCCUAGUGCCCUAAGUGUAGUGUGAGCACAUCUAUUGUUCGCUCAUGAUGCCCUUUCUGGAGACAAUUUUCUGAUGUUCCCAACAGUAGAACACUAGAGAACAAAUUUGGGUUUCUGGGUCAGGAGACAACUGUCCUGCCAAAAUACGUUGUGUUGUGAGGCAUGGGUACAUCCUAUUGGGGUGGCAGCAGCCCAAUCUAAAUUGUUUCUAUAACAUCACUGCUUUCUACAGAGCAACAAGACCUCUCUGACACUGGGAAGAAUCUAGUAUGUUACAGUGAAAAAUGGGUCACUGAGCUUAUUUGAACAUCAAAUUAAUUUAGCCAUAUAAACUGUGGGAUUCAUCUCCUUGGGGUUUUAUUUACUAAACAUUGUUUGACAAUCUGUUUGCAAAGUUGAAAGCAAAAGAUGGAAAAAACUCUCUCUUGAUUGUCCAUAAGUAAUUCACCUUUAAAGGGACACUAUAGUCACCUGAACAACUUUAGCUUAAUGAAGCAGUUUUGGUGUAUAGAACAUGCCCCUGCAGCCUCACUGCUCAAUCCUCUGCCAUUUAGGAGUUAAAUCCCUUUGUUUAUGAACCCUAGUCACACCUCCCUGUAUGUGACUUGCACAGCCUUCCAUAACAACUUCAUGUAAAGAGAGCCCUAUUUAGGCUUUCUUUAUUGCAAGUUCUGUUUAAUUAAGAUUUUCUUAUCCCCUGCUAUGUUAAUAGCUUGCUAGACCCGGCAAAAGCCUCCUGUAUGUGAUUAAAGUUCAAUUUAGAGAUUGAGAUACAAUUAUUUAAGGUAAAUUACAUCUGUUUAAAAGUGAAACCAGUUUUUUUUUUCAUGCAGGCUCUGUCAAUCAUAGCCAGGGGAGGUGUGGCUAGGGCUGCAUAAACAGAAACAAAGUGAUUUAAUUCCUAAAUGACAGUGAAUUGAGCAGUGAAAUUGAAGGGGAAUGAUCUAUACACUAAAACUGCUUUAUUUAGCUGAAGUAAUUUAGGUGACUAUAGUGUUCCUUUAAUAAUCUGAAGUCAUUUUAGCCAGAUAAUCAGUAUAUUAUACAUGUAAUUUACUUAGAGGCUGUCAAGGAGUAAAAUAUUACCUAAAUAAAAAAGAGAAAUCCCAGGAAUCAUAUUUAACAGUAUAUUUGUUUUUUUAUAUUCAACAGUGGUCUGCUUGACCAGUGUCCAGAUGGCAUCGUGUUCAGCACUGACGAUUACUUUGGCCAGGAGGAAGGCUAUACAUAUGAUGUUAAACUGCUUGGAGAUGCACACAAUUGGAACCAAAACAGAGGUUAGACAUUGUAUAUUUUUAAAUAUAAAGAGUUUGUGUGUUUAUGUAGAAAGAUUAAUGUAUUUUCUCAUUAUCAUAUAUAACAUUUGCCUUUGUGCCUGAGCCGGUGUUGUUUAUAAAAUGCUUGCAGUAGCAAUAAUAUAUGAAAAGAAAAGUAUUUCCAUUUGUUGUUGAAAGCAUCGGGAGAACCGUGUAGUCAUAUAGCCACUUCCCUAUUUUUUUCAUUUGUCAUUUCUGGAAUCGUAGCAAAUCCUGGUUAGUUUAACUUCCAGAGAAGUUUGAUUUUUGAGCACCAGUUCUCUCCAGUACCAAUGCACUUCCUGCUGUAAUGCUAUUGGCUUAGUAAUUGAAUAACAGAGGGCAGAGCACACAAAUCAAUACCAUUUGUGAUAGCAAAUGGGGAAAAAAAAAUGUAAGUUUAAAAAUCUGACAUUGUUACAUCUAUUACUUUAUUAUCUAUUUGAGAGGAAUCCAGCACCAAAUGUUCAAACAGGUGUCUAUAUUGUUUCCUUAUAUUAUGAUUUGGUUACCCAGCAGUAUAGAUGUGUUUAAAGUCUUCCUAAUAUGCUGUGAGGAAUGCAAGGGGGAUGGUCAUUGCAAAUGUCUCUAUAGUCAGGCACAUUGACUGGCAAAGUCCGCAAUAUGUUUUUUUUUUUUUAAUUCUUUAUUUUUGCAGGUUUAACACACACGCUUGUCAAGCCACAAUAGCUAGUACAAGUCAAUGAAGUAAUACAUGUGUUUAAUUUCACAAUAUCAUGGCGUUCGUACAUAGCUCUUUUUUUUGUUAGUUAUAGAACCUGGUUACACGGGAAAUCUGCUUGUCUCAUCGUUUGGUUGUUUAGUUAACUGGUUAAUCCUGUAACCUGUGGGUGAGGGCACUAGAUGAUACUUGAAAUGUAGCUGGCUGGCAUCAGGCUUAAACAGGUAAUGUACAGUAAUUCUAUGCUAGACUAAAGGUUUCAGCCAGACCAGUACCAUGCAGGGUAGUUAUUGGCAUGAGCAAUUGCUUGUUUUACAUAGGGUACCUAUCUGAGCUGUCAGUGUCCAAAGAAUAAAUCAACGCAAAGAAAGCAUGUUAGGUAAAAGACACACGCUGAUAAUCUCCACUGGGUUCUUCGACGCAUGUCACUCCGUUCCCCGGUUCCUACUCUGUCGAGUUGCUGGAAGUAGUGAGCUGUCUGGCUUUCUUAGCCCCUCGGGCUUGUGGCUUCCCUACCUCCAACCUGGGUAAAUAGUAUGUCCGCUGGGCUUAAGGUACACAGUAGAGUAGGUAGUUGAGUGACUCUGUAAAGCAGAUUAAUGUGCCUGCGAGCGGUUCAUCUAUGCCGUAUGCUGUUGUGGAGCCAUCUCAUCCCGUGUGAUAUGUGGCAGGAUCUCUUUCCUCUCCCCGUAUUGAACUUUCAUGCGAUGGGGUGUUGGUCGGCUGGGGGCUGGGUGCUGGACGUGUAUCUCAUCAGUUCUCUCCCCGGUAGACGAGCAGCUGUUUAAGGCUUUGCCCGGUAUGUAAUCGGUGGCGGCUCGGGUCUGAUGGACAUGUGGGGUGCCGUGUCGCCUGGCUUGAGGCUUGGGCAGGUGUAACCCGUAGUUGGUUUCUCGUGUUGCUGGGGCCGGGGGUUUAUUCAGUCCCUGCACAGUGGUGAGGGGUUUCUCUUGCAACCGCGUGGUGACGAGGCAGUGCGGCGGCCAUUUUAGAUUCGGGGUAUGGGAGUGCACCCUGCAGGCCUCAGUGAAGAUCACCUCGAUUCCCUACAGUGGGGACCGUGAUAUCCGGGAAGGGGCCUGUGGGUUGUGUCAUAGAGCCGUUGUGUGGCAGCCAGGUAAGUGGGCAGGGUGGCGGCCGUCCAUCCCACCUCUCCUACAAGAGGGCCGCAAGCUCCAAAGCCCCGUUGCCUGCUGUUGUGCCAACUUCUGCUCCAGCACAGUGUUGUUUCCCUCCAGCUCGGAUAGUGUACAUAGUUUUAGUCAUAAAUGUUUUUCAGACUGCAACGGGGGAGGGGACAGAGGGACUCCCCCACACUGAGCCACGCAGUGAUGACGGGAGACAGGGGAGCCGCUUGGUGUGGAAAGUUCUUUUUGGUUUUAAACUUUUUUUUUUUUUUUUACAAUUAAAGUUUCAACUGUUGUAAAAUUAAGACAGAUUGUGGCAUGUCGACAGUCGAAAUAUCAUUAUGUGAAUUACACACAUCAGAUGUAGAACCAAGUAGAGCAUAUAGAAUGCUAUAAACCUACCAUUCACUGAGAGUAAUGCAAACCUUGUAGUAAUGCAAUGGAUGACAUCGAGCUUUCCCAACAUGUCUCUUACUGUAAUCUGCCUAUACCUGUUUAAUUGACCAAGGAUGCUGACACUAUCCUGAGCUCUAUGAAUCUGUAAACACCUAGUGAUGGAAACAUGUACAUUACAACAUUCAGGCAUUUUGUAUGCAAUAACUAACUAUAUUUCCUUUCUGUAAUACAAAUGAAACAUGAGUUGUGAUUUGGCUUCUCCGUAAGUCUAAACUGUCGUGCAGCUGCAUCUCUGUCUAUGCAAAAAAAAUAAAAAAUGACCAAUUAUUUUGUUUCAAUUUUUAAUAUAGCUUUUAUAUAUUUUCAUUGAGAAAAUAGCUACUUUAUAGUUACAUAUUGUUGACAUUUAUUUAUAUAUUUAUAAUAACUGAAGAUCUCACAUUUAUUCUUGAUUUGUGGUGUUAAUUUUUUUUAUUUUUUUUUUUAAAACAAUAUUUUUCUUGUUUUGUUUAUUAUAGCCAAGAGAGCAAUGGAUGACGGAAGAUCUCCUAUUAUCAUUGACAAUACUAAUAUUCAGAAAUGGGAAAUGAAACCCUACGUACAAAUGGUAUGAUUACUGUUGUAUGCUUGACAUUCCAGACUGGAACUGACCCACUUUUUAAUGCAUUGUAUGGAAGGUACAUUUUCACAAUAUGCUCUGAAACAACCAUUACAAAUAGUAAAAAAAUAAAAAAGUAUUUCUACCAACUGUAACCAGAAAUAAAGAUCUGUGCUUACUAGGUGUGCAGGAUGUAAGUGAAGCAGUCUCUUUCUCUCCUGCUUUGGGAGUGAUAUAUUCGGUUACAGUGCGUGUGUUCACAACGGCAGCCUCUGUCCCAUUAUUGGUCACAUAAUGAAUACAGCCAUUGCAGCAACAAAAUAGUAAUGAACAUAUCUCACAUUUGAACGCCACUAGGCUAGUUCUGAUGGAGGAAAAUAUACAAGGCUCAUGAUUGGCUGCUGAGUGUUAAACCAGCAGUGAGCUGUUCCGCUGAAUAUAUUCUUACUGGCUGAAUAUAUUGGUGCAAUAUGAACCUACCUCUGCUUGCGUACACUUCGAAGAGGAACCUGAAUCAGGUGAUGUGCGUACUGCACACACCUGUUAUAGUUCUGUUGAUUUCUGAUGUCGUAACUCAUGCACUGUAUAGUAAGGAAACAUUGAGAGAGAGGUUUAGAUUGCAAGUUUAUUUGAGCAGGACCCUCUUCACCUAAUGUUACUAUAUAUAAUAUAUGUUUUGUUAGAGUUAAAUGAUUGUCUUGUUUCCUGGUAUACAGUGUUGCGUAAUAUAUUGGCGAUAUAUAAAUAUUUGCAAUUGUUCGUGUAGGAGGGAGAUGCACACACGUCUCUCCUCAAAUAAAGCUUGCAUUAAACAUAGUCUGGGACUACUGCCUGGAUUACCUGGGUACUAACCAUGGCUUGCAUAUUUUCAGGGUAUGCAUCUUUAGGAGGGACAGUCCGUCUUUGGACAAAUUCCCUUGUGCUUUCCUAUUGUGAUCUCUCUAAUCAAAAUGCUGAGUGUGUAUGUUAGAGCUUGACAUUGAUAAUAUUCCAGAAAUGUGUAAAUUGCAGUAAACGUGUACUUUUGUUUGUGUAAGUAAUAUACUUGAUUCAUGUUUAAAUGUCUUAUUCAGCUCUAUAAAUACCAAUCAGUAUCCCACUAAGCUGAGUGUCAGUCUGUUUAAAUUUGAAAUGUUGGAAGGUGUGGGUGUGCAUUUCCUUUGGUGAUGAUUAACGGAUAUUCCAAUGGAUAUUAGUUUUGAAUUAGUAGACAUGUGUAUGGUUGCCAAGUGUUCCCACCCACUUGACAGACUGGUUUGAGAUGCAAAUAUGGUUUGUAUCAGUUAAACAUAGAAGGGUUUAAAUUUUUGUUUAGCCAGUAAAAUAUCAGUAUAUGUUAAUCUGCCAUGUAUUUGAAAAUACUGCUCACCAGUGAAGAAAACAUUUAAAUGUAUGCUGUUUGCUAUGAACCCAUCCUUUAAUGCGAUCACCUUGCUUUCCUCAGGCCAUAGAAAGAGAUUACAGUGUGGAGUUCCUGGAGCCAGACACAUGGUGGAAGCUUGACCCAUCUGAGUUGGAAAAGUAAGGCCUUUUCUAUUUUGAUGAAACAAGGUGUUCAGAAUGCAAUGGGGCAUACAUAUAUUUGUUGUAGACAGUAAGUGGAGAUGUUACAGGGGAGCACUGAAGAAGUCAUGCACAGAGAGUACGGACACAGGUCUUUUCAGGAAGUAAAGGUCUUUAUUCUCACCGAUCGGGUCUCAGCUGACCUAAUGUUCAAAAGAUCUGAGCCCUGAGCACAUGGAGUAGAGGCUUUUUAAAAACUAUGCAUCCCCAUCUGUACCCUUGCACCAAUCAGCAAACCGGAUACACAGGAUCACCUUAUAUGGACAGGCAACAUGGCCCUUUAGGAGAAUUGAAUGUGGUUUCAGUUCUUGAACAUGUUCAGUACAUUGAUGACAUUAUCUUAGCCACUUGUAACUAACUAACUGUCACGAUUCGGGGAACCAAACACGCCAACACACACACACACACAAAGUGCCGUACCGGACCUUAGAGUGGCCGGGCUAAGCACACAAAGAAUAGUCAGGAAACAAGCCGAGUAAGGGGAACCAGAAGACAGAAUAACGUGAAACAAGCCGAGGUCAAAGGGUAGGAGAAAGUCACAGAGUCGGAUAACAAGCCAGAGAGUACGUAACCAGAAGCACAAGUUCAGAAUCAAUACUAACAAGCAAAGACCACAACAGGGCGAAGAGGAACAGGAAAGGUAAGUAUAUAAAUCCAAAGGUUAAUUCUGAUUGGAUAAUUUCCAAUCAGAAUUAACAAUCACACGUGGGAGAUAUCUAAACCUCCCACUGUGAUUGAGGCACUGUGCCUUUAACGCCGGGUCAGGUGACUGACCCCGGCGUUGGUUAAAGUGGGCGGUCUCCCAGCGUGCAGCGUCAUACAUGCUGCCGCUGGGAGACACAGAGGAAGAGGCGGACGGCACCCGUGGGAGAGAGGGUGCCGCCCGCCGAGCACACGGCUGAAGGGGGACCGCGGACGGCUGGAGGGUGAGUGCCGCGAGCGGACUGCAACCUCCCCUCGCAGCCGCCCGCGGGACCCUGACAGUACCCCCCCCUCGAAGACCGCCCAGAGGGCGGGAAGCAGAAGGCUUCAAAGGAAACCGGGCAUGAAAGGAGCGGACUAAAGAGGGGGCGUGCAAAUCAGAGCUCGAAACCCAAGAUCGCUCCUCAGGGCCGUAACCCUUCCAAUCCACCAGAUAUUGCAGCCGACCCCUAGAAACACGAGAGUCGAGAAGGGCAGCUACUUCGAACACGUCACUAGAGACAGUACGAGGGGAAACGGGCCGUCCGAGAGGACGAGAGAACCGGUUACACAGCAAGGGCUUCAAAAGCGAAACGUGAAACGUGUGCGGAAUACGCAUGGAAGGAGGCAAGUCCAGGGAGUAGGAAACGGGGUUGAUCCUACGUAACACUUUGUAGGGACCAAGAAACCUGGGAGCAAACUUCAUGGAGGGGACCCUGAGACGGAGGUUCUUGGAGGACAACCACACCCUAUCACCCGGAGCAUAAGAAGGGGUCGCACCCCUAUGGCGAUCAGCGAACUUCUUCUGAGCAGCUGCUGAACGAGACAGCGCAAUAUGGACCUGAUCCCACGUCUUCCGUAAAGAGGCGAGGUGCUGGUCCAAGGCGGGCAUUCCCUUGUCAGAGAACGCACCGGGAAGGACAGAAGGCCGAAACCCAUAAGCAACCUCAAAAGGACUUAAGCCAGUAGACGAAUGAGACACCGCAUUCCUGGCAAAUUCAGCCCACGGAAGAAGGCGAGACCAGUCGUCCUGGUGCGCAUUAGUGAAGCAGCGCAAAUACAAUUCCACAGACUGAUUAGCACGUUCGGCUGCACCAUUAGAUUGCGGGUGAUAGGAGGAAGUGAACGACAAGGAGACCCCCAUCUCAGCACAAAAGCCCCUCCAAAACCGAGAGACAAAUUGCGGGCCCCUGUCAGAAACAAUAUCCUGAGGUACCCCAUGCAAUCGGAACACUUCCUUGGCAAACACCUGGGCAAGCUGAAUCGCAGAGGGUAGUUUCUUAAGUGGAAUAAAGUGGGCCAUUUUAGAGAACCUAUCCAUCACAGUUAAUAUCACCAUCUGACCAUCAGAAGGAGGAAGGUCCACAAUAAAAUCCAUGGACAAGUGGGUCCAUGGUUUCUUGGGUAUAGAUAGAGGCAUCAGUAGGCCUUGGGGUCUCAUAUUAGGAGACUUACACUGCGUACAGACCCGACAAGCCUGAACAAAAUCCACUACGUCUCGCUUGAGUGAAGGCCACCAGAACUGUUGAAGGAGGCUCUUAUAAGUCUUGGUAACCCCCGGAUGACCAGCAGUUUUGGCGGUGUGAAACAAUGUUAACAACUUUUUUCUGUCACUUACUUUCACGUAUAGUUUACCAACAGGCAUCUCCUGAGGCGCUUGGGUUUGGUAUGUCUUAAUAUUCUCAAGGAAGGGAGAUGAAACAACCAAACGGGUAGCAGCUAUGAUCUGAGAAGCUGGUACAAUAGGUUCAGGGGUUGGGUUAACAAAUUCUAAAGGUUCAUACUGUCGAGAGAUAGCAUCAGCUUUGGCAUUACGGCAACCAGGUCUAUAGGUAAUAAUGUAUUGGAAUCGCGAAAGGAAUAGAGACCAUCUAGCCUGUCGGGCGGACAACCUUCUAGCAUCGGCUAUAUAGGAGAGGUUCUUAUGAUCUGUCAGAACCAUAAUUUUGUGUCUAGAACACUCUAAUAAGUACCUCCAUUCCUUAAAAGCUAACACAAUAGCUAAUAGUUCUCUAUUCCCAACAUCGUAAUUCUUUUCUGGAUCAGACAACCUUUUAGAAAAGAAACAACAGGGAUGGAGGGGUUCGUCAUACGAUAACCUUUGUGAUAGUACUGCUCCCACCCCCGAUUCAGAAGCAUCUACUUCCAUAACAAAGGGAAGAGAAGGAUUAGGGUGGUGUAGUACUGGAGCAGAGGCAAAUGCUUUCUUGAGAGUUUCAAAGGCUUUAAGGGCUUCAGGAGUCCAAACCCUAGGGUGUAGACCUUUUUUAGUCAGCUUUGUGAUAGGAGAGAUAAGUGGUGAGAAGUUUUUAUAAAUUUUCUAUAAUAGUUAGCAAAACCUAUAAAACGCUGGAUAGCCUUAAGUCCUUGGGGAAGUGGCCAGGACAGUAUAGCUUCCAAUUUAGCAGGAUCCAUACUAAAACCCUGUUCAGAAAUUAUAUAUCCCAGGAAUUGCACAGAGGUCUGAUCGAACAGACAUUUUUCUAACUUACAAUAAAGUCCGUUCUGUAAUAAUUUUUUAAGCACCAUCCUAACAUGUUUAUGAUGUGACUUCAAAUCAGGAGAAUAUACAAGUAUGUCGUCAAGGUACACCACGGCACAGACAUGCAAUAGAUCCCUAAGGACAUCGUUUAUGAGAUCCUGAAACACAGCAGGAGCAUUACACAGUCCAAAAGGCAUGACCAGGUAUUCAUAAUGCCCACUACGCGUAUUGAACGCUGUCUUCCACUCAUCAUUCUCCUUUAUACGGAUAAGGUUAUAAGCUCCCCUGAGGUCUAGUUUAGUAAAGUACUUAGAACCUUUAACGCGGUCAAACAACUCAGUGAUGAGGGGGAUAGGGUAGGCGUUUUUAACCGUUAUAUUGUUCAGACCCCUGUAGUCUAUACACGGCCUCAAAUCGCCCUCCUUCUUUGCCACAAAAAAGAAACCAGCACCAGCAGGAGAGGAGGACCUUCUAAUAAAACCUUUCCUUAAGGAUUCUCGUAUGUACUCCUCCAUGACCUGGUUUUCUUUCUCAGAAAGAGGGUAGACCUUACCCCUAGGGGGCAUAGUGCCCGGUAAAAGGUUUAUGGCACAGUCAUAGUCACGAUGUGGAGGUAGCUUAUCUGCCUCCCUCUUUUCAAAAACCAAUGCAAGAUCUGCAUAUACAGAAGGGACAGAAACAGAGAGUGGUUUAGCCGUGGGCACGUUGAGUAAACAAACAGGACGUACCUGAGCCAUACAGUCUCGUUGACAGGAUUCCCCCCAGGAUAGUAUAUCCAAGCAACCCCAAUCGAGAACAGGGUUGUGUUUCACUAACCAGGGAAAACCCAGAACGAUGGAAGCAGUAGGGGAGUCAAUUAUUUGGAAGGUUAACCUUUCCUUAUGCAAAACACCUACAGACAUCACUAUUUCUUGGGUCUCAUGGGUCACCAGAGGUUUCUCAAGUGGUCUACCAUCUAUGGCCUCAACGACCAAGGAUGUGGCCUUUUGGAUCAAAGUUAAGGCUGCGGUUUUAGCAAAGUUCUCAUCCAUAAGGUUGUCUGCCGCACCUGAAUCGAUCAAGGCUUUGGUGGUUAUGGUGGUUUUAUUGACCAAAAGAGAAACCGUAAUAAACGGUCUGGAGAUGGACACAUGAGGGGACAAAGUCAUAACACCCGAGGCCGACCCCUCUCUAGGCCUUAGGUGCUGUAGUUUCCCUGUAACUUAGGGCAGGCAUUACAGUGGUGCCCCCUCUUUCCACAAUAAAGGCAUAACCCCUCCCUUCUACGAUAUGCUCUUUCAGCCUCAGUUAGCCCCGUAGCACCCAAUUGCAUGGGUUCGGGGGUUGGUUGACUAGGAGCGGGUAGUGCUAGUAAAGCAGUAGAGGGGGGGAGCAGGUAAUGCCCGUGUAUCCAUCCGUCUUUGACUACGCCUCUCUCUAAUACGGUUAUCAAUAAGAAUGACAUAAUCUAUGACAUCAUCUAGAAGAACAGGCAAUUCCCUGGAUGCUAUUUCAUCAAGUAUGUAGGCGGCCAAACCCUCCUGAAAGGCUGUUACGAGGGCAUCAUUAUUCCAAACCACUUCAGCUGCUAGCGUGCGGAAUUCGAUAGUAUAAUCCGCUACAGAUCUAUUACCCUGUCGUACCCUAAGCAGAGCUUUGCCAGCAGAGGCAACCCUACCGGGUUGAUCAAACGUACGUUUGAAAGCUGUCAAGAACUCUACAAAGGACAUAGGAGAUGUAUUCUCCCACAUGGGGUUAGCCCAUGCUAAAGCUUUCCCGGACAGGUGGUUAAUCAAAAAGGCAAUUUUGGAUCUGUCAGUGGGAUAGGAACGUGGAUUCAUCACCAAAUGGAUGUCAAUUUGGUUAAGGAAACCACGACACAAUGCUGGGUCACCGCUGUAGCGUUGUGGCGGUGUCAUGUGAACAACAUGAGCAGGAACGGGUACCGGAGUGGGAAUGGGUUCGGGCACAGCAGCAGCAGCCUCCUGGACGGCAGGUUGCAAGUGUGCAGUACGAGCCAGUAUGGUUUGUAAAGCUUGGGCAAACUGGUCCAUACGGUGGUCCAAGCCAUCCAUUCUAGCCUCCUGAUUAACUAGGAGCUGUGGUAUGUCAGCAGGUUCCAUUAUGGCCCUGUUGUAAUGUCACGAUUCGGGGAACCAAACACGCCACACACACACACACACAAAGUGCCGUACCGGACCUUAGAGUGGCCGGGCUAAGCACACAAAGAAUAGUCAGGAAACAAGCCGAGUAAGGGGAACCAGAAGACAGAAUAACGUGAAACAAGCCGAGGUCAAAGGGUAGGAGAAAGUCACAGAGUCGGAUAACAAGCCAGAGAGUACGUAACCAGAAGCACAAGUUCAGAAUCAAUACUAACAAGCAAAGACCACAACAGGGCGAAGAGGAACAGGAAAGGUAAGUAUAUAAAUCCAAAGGUUAAUUCUGAUUGGAUAAUUUCCAAUCAGAAUUAACAAUCACACGUGGGAGAUAUCUAAACCUCCCACUGUGAUUGAGGCACUGUGCCUUUAACGCCGGGUCAGGUGACUGACCCCGGCGUUGGUUAAAGUGGGCGGUCUCCCAGCGUGCAGCGUCAUGCAUGCUGCCGCUGGGAGACACAGAGGAAGAGGCGGACGGCACCCGUGGGAGAGAGGGUGCCGCCCGCCGAGCACACGGCUGAAGGGGGACCGCGGACGGCUGGAGGGUGAGUGCCGCGAGCGGACUGCAACCUCCCCUCGCGGACUGCAGCCGCCCGCGGGACCCUGACACUAACUAACUAACUAACUAACAGAUACUUGUACUUGUAUAUGCCACAUGGAGAUUUUAGGCCUACUAAAUUUUGGGCCUAGCUGAAAUCCCAUCACAGAGAAUUACAUCUAGAUGCUGGCUUGCAAUAACUAAGCAUAUCAAGGCUAUAGCAUAGAUAGAGGUGUAUCUGAGUUACAUGGAUAGGAGACAAAAUUUAAAAUCCCGCAUGAAUCCAUUAGUUUGUAUGAAAAGGGGAAUUAUUUUAUCAAAAUACUCUUCUAAAUGUAAAAUUCCUGCUAAUCCAACCUGUUGAAUACUAUGCCAGUUUAUAUAUUAAUAUUUAUUUAUGUAAUGUCUGAAUGGCUGUAAUGUCUAUAGCUUUCCUAUGGACUGCUUGAAUGCGCGCGCGGCACUUGCCGCGCAUGCGCAUUCCGCUCCACUCAGGAGCUCAAAUCGGCGGGAGAGGAGAGGUCACCAGCGCCAAGGGAGCCCGGCGCUGGAUUAAGGUAAGCUGCUGAAGGGGUUUUAGGUUUUGUGAUCCUGUUAGUUAUACUCCCCUAGUCUGAGCUGCGGUGGUUGCUGAAUAAUGUACAGAAAGCAGCUGGCCUGGGCAACUGGCAGAAACCUGGUGUCUACACAUAUACUCAUUGAUUAUGUUUUAUCCCCAGUUUAAGCCUGGAGAAGGAAAUACAAUAUGGCAUUGUCUGUUACAUCUCUGCCAAGAAGCAUAUAUUCCUGCAGGUUACACUAUAUCCAAAUUCGAUGUUUGAAAGACAUCUGUUACUAUUUUUUUAAUAUAAUAAUCCUAUCAACACAUUUUGAAAGGAAAUCUUUUUGUUUUUGUUUUCAAAUGAAGUAUAUAUAAAAAAAAAAGAAAAAAAAAAAGUAGAAAAAUAUAUCCCCACCUUCAUUACAUGACAGGAUCUUUCCCCCAUAUACAUGCACCUUGGGUCAGAGAGUCUGCAUUGGGUGAAGCAGGGAAGACCAUGGAGACUAUGCAUGUACAUAUCUGAAGGAUCCUGUCGUAUAUUAAGGUGAGGAGGAGGAUUUUUCUUUUUCUCCAUUAUAUAUGCUUCAUUUAAACAAAACCAAAACAACAAUUUCGUUUAAAGUCUAUUUAAAAAAACAGCCAUGAUGUGACUGUUAUCUUCUCUUCUUUUUUUUUUUUUUGUCAAUCUUUGGUUUUUUUUGUGGCAUAUAUUGAACAUGAAGUAUAGCGGUACAACCAUGACAUAAACAGGAUGAGUCGUAGUAAGACAACAUGCAAACUUGGAUUAGCGUCUGCAUGGAGGCAGGAUAUAUAUAACAUUUAUAUUCAGUCAAGGUCACGAAGUGAGUAAACAUGCCACUUUUGUAAGUAAAGAAAACACAAUAUAUGCCUGGGGUAACAAUCAACAUUAGACUAUAGUAGAUUAAUUGGCAAAUAUAGGUACGUUACAAUGAAUACAAAAUAUAUGCAUGAAGUAACAAUUAUCUAGCAUGUUAUAGGUGCUUCAUUGCAGGCUAAAUUUGAGUAAGUAAAUAACCUCCAUUUGUUUAAAUAUACAUAGGGAUUUGGAAAAGAGCGCAAGUAACUUUAUUUCUUUAGAUUAUAGUACCACCCAAUGUCAUGUUACAGCACAGAACAAAAUUAUUGGCGCUACAAGGCGUUAAAUAAAUUAAGAAAAGAUUUAACAGGAUUGUUGGAUGGCUUGCGGUUGGCCUUUGGGCAGACAGCUAAGAGAGAAAACAUAAUAUAUACUUGGAGUAAGAACCAAGGUUAGAUAAUGGUAUAUUAGCCAGCAUCUUGUAUGUGCAUUCUAUCAUGUUAUACAAGCAUAACACCACUGAAGCUGCACGUUAUCGUAUAGUAACAUAACAGAAAAGAAAAAAGAAAAGUGCUGUCACAGCAUGAUAAAAGUAAAAUAAAAUUAAAGUCGAGAUCGAUGUGGGCAGUAGCGAGCAAAAACAUAAAAAUACAAGUAAAUGCUGGCUAGCAUCUACUAGGCAUUCAAGUAGGCAAAUAAAUGAGUCAGAUUUCUAACCAGCAGGACGUUUGGGUUGUUAAGUCUCAAGUCAGCCAAUGCCCCAAGUUGGUAGCAGGAGAAAGCAGCUGAAAGGUAUUAUAUGACAAGGUCUGAGCACGACAACCCCCCAGGCCGUCAUGAAAGCCUGCAUCCUGAGACCACAAACUUGGGAGCUCAAAGGGGAGUCCAGGUUCUUCAAUUAAGGGGCACGACAGAGGCUCCUAAUGGACUGUCGCUGCCUGUGGCAAUGGAUCUUCCGUGCCGUUGGUAGAAGCAUCAGGAGAUAAUCCCUGUUGGUCUUCAGCCCUGGUAAGCCGUGGGUGGGAAACUGAAUCGCUAGCGUCAAGGAAGUGCCCAGGGGGGUCCCGUUCACCUCCUGUCUCUCCAACUGGAGCCGGUUUCGCCUCAAUACUAGCAGAUAGUUUGGCUCAGAAGUUUUUGAAGAUCUCGGUCAGGCGCUGCAGUAUAUGCUCUGAUGCGCCUUAUGGGAUCAACGUAAGCUUUUGUACACAAGUUUGCUGCAUGUCUGCCAUCUUGAGGUAGACCGUUCAGCAGAGGAUAGUGAGGCUCACCAGUGGGGACCGGGAUAACCCCCACUGGUCCCCACUGCAAUGAUCAGAAAGCUGGGAGAGCAGCUGUCUCUCCUCAGCUCAAAUUCGAGUAGGCCACAGGCACCUGUCCAGGUGAUCCAGUGCUGAAACAGACUUGUGUAAGGUAUCCCCGGGUGCACCGAUGGCGGCUUAGCAGGAUAAAUACUAACUGAGGUGAUAAUGUGUGUGUGGCCCGCUGCUAGACCCAGUUUUCCGGUGUCAGAUGCAGGAGCUCAUACAGAGCAUGUCUGGUCGCUCCGCCCCUGACAAUUAUCUUCUAAUGAUAUUUCCAUUUAAGCAUUCUAACCUAUGAUAGAAUUCUAUGCUCACUUAAUUGUACUAAAUUUCAUUCUGAGACAUGUAAAAAAAAUGACAGUUUGAGUAAUAAGAAGUCUUCCAGAUGAAUUGAUACUUCUUUUCAGCUCCUCCUCGAUGCAAAGCCUGUGAUUUCAUUAUCCAUGUAUUAUUAGAGUUGGAAUAGAAACUAUAUGUUACAUCCGCAUUGUAAAAAGCAGUAAGGACACUUUUUAUAGAAAAUAAAGCAAGAUACAGACCUUGAGAAUAGGGGCUGUAUAGUAAGACAAGCACGUGCAUGUGCAAAAGCCAAAUUGGAGAAUAGCAAAGAUAAGUAAAAUAUUUGUUGUAAAACUUAUAAAACAAAUCAAUAUCUUGGAAACUGGUAUAAUAAUCCAAAUCUAAACUAUGACACAAACAUCUUUAACCAUCUAAGGGCUUUGUGCUCAGUUUGUAUAGGUGUCUACACAGAUGAAGAAAAUGGUGAGAUAUUCGGAAACCUGUGCCCAUGUUACUACUAUAUACAAUUCUACCUCCAAAAUGCAAUUGCACAUACUGUAACCAAUGACUGACAGAUGCCCCCACUUAUGGCAGGUCAGAGAAAUGCACCCACCAAUAGCAGGUCAGGGAAAUGCACCCACCAAUAGCAGGUCAGGGAAAUGCACCCACCAAUAGCAGGUCAGGGAAAUGCACCCACCAAGAGCAGGUCAGGGAAAUGCACCCACCAAGAGCAGGUCAAGGAAAUGCACCCACCAAUAGUAGGUCAGAGAAAUGCACCCACCAGUAGCAGGUCAGAGAAAUGCACCCACUAGUAGCAGGUCAGGGAAAUGCACCCACCAGUAGCAGGUCAGGGAAAUGCACCCACCAAUAGCAGGUCAGCACCCACCAGGAGCAGGUCAGAGAAAUGCACCCACCAAUAGCAGGUCAGAUAAAUGCACCCACCAAUAGCAGGUCAGAUAAAUGCACCCACCAAUAGCAGGUCAGGGAAAUGCACCCACCAGUAGCAGGUCAGAAAAAUGCACCCACCAGGAGCAGGUCAUAAAAAUGCACCCACUAAUAGCAGGUCAGGGAAAUGCACCCACCAAUAGCAGGUCAGGGAAAUGCACCCACCAAUAGCAGGUCAGGGAAAUGCACCCACCAAUAGCAGGUCAGAGAAAUGCACCCACCAAUAGCAGGUCAGGGGAAAUGCACUCCACCAAUAGCAGGUCAGGGAAAUGCACCCACCAAUAGCAGGUUAAGAGAAAUGCACCCACCAAUAGCAGGUUAAGAGAAAUGCACCCACCAAUAGGCAGGUCAGGGAAAUGCACCCACCAAGAGGUCAGGAAAUGCACCUACCAAGAGGUCAUGCACCCACCAAUAGGUCAGAGAAAUGCACCCACCAGUAGCAGGGUCAGAGAAAUGCAACCUUACCAGUAGGCAGGUCAGGAAAUGCACCCUACCAGUAGCAGGUCAGGGAAAUGCACCACACCCAAUAGCAGGUCAGAGAAAUGCACCCACCAGAGCAGGUUAAGAGAAAUGCACCCACCAAUAGCAGGUCAGAGAAAUGCACCCACCAAUAGCAGGUCAGGGAAAUGCACCCACCAAUAGCCGGUUAAGAGAAAUGCACCCACCAAUAGCAGGUUAAGAGAAAUGCACCCACCAAUAGCAGGUUAAGAGAAAUGCACCCACCAAUAGCAGGUUAAGAGAAAUGCACCCACCAAUAGCAGGUCAGAGAAAUGCACCCACCAAUAGCAGGUCAGGGAAAUGCACCCACCAAUAGCCGGUUAAGAGAAAUGCACCCACCAAUAGCAGGUUAAGAGAAAUGCACCCACCAAUAGCAGGUUAAGAGAAAUGCACCCACCAAUAGCAGGUUAAGAGAAAUGCACCCACCAAUAGCAGGUCAGAGAAAUGCACCCACCAGUAGCAGGUCAGAGAAAUGCACCCACCAAUAGCAGGUCAGAUAAAUGCACCCACCAAUAGGAGGCUAGAGAAAGGCAGACAUGUUGAAGAAAUUCUGGUGCUAAAUAUGAGUAGCUGGGCGUGGGAAGCUAAAGCACGUCCAGAAAUUACUAAUGAAGAUGGGAAAAUAUUUUUAAAACAAAUGGUGCCUUUUUUACAUUGCUUCUUAAAUUACUUCUUUUUUGUAAUGUAAGCAGUUUAAUCUAGGAGAAAACAAUGACCUCUGCAUCGGAUUAAUAUUGUAUUAAGCAUUACACGCUCAUUUGAUAUUGAUAGCCGUUGAAUUAUAAUAUCGCAUAAUGUAGCUAAUGGUUUGCUCUCUGCAGAUGCCUUGAGAAUUGUGUCCUUGGAGGACCUAAACAUUAAUGCAUGUGUGCCAAGCUCAGUUUACAUUUCAUUUGUUUUUGUUUUUUCUGCCUGGAUUCUAGAGAUAGGUGAACACUUUUACUUCCAAUAGAUUUGUGGCAUACUUUUCUUAAAGUACCAGAGGUGGGCAAAUAUAGUCCAUCGUUUAGUACUCAAAGGAAUAACAAGAAAAACCAAACAAAAAACUAGAUAUAAUUAUAGGAUGGGGUAGGAAGGGGUGAGCCAUUUAAAAAUUGUAAAUUUGGUUUGUGCAUUGGGAUAUAUGCUGGGCAAUGUUAACAAAUGGUACCCAAAAAGUAAAAAUGGGUUAUAAAGAUAAGAAAAUACAUAUAUGUGAACACAGUGACUUAGAAAUAACAUAAUUUCUCCUUAAAAUGCGGAAUAAUACGUUUCUUCUCUUUUUAUUUAAACUGACAUUUAGCUGUGCGGAACCAUAUAAUUUAUUAAUCGCUCCAUUAGAUUAAAUGUUCAAACAAGAUGUUCUCAUUUUUCAAAAGAUGAAAUUGAUUGUCACAUUUCAACGCACGUAUUGUGCCACUGUACCAUUUCAUUGCUAAAGUCACAUCAAGGUUUUACGACCAUCCCACACUUUAAUGAAAACACAUUUUAAUUGACACUUAAUGUUUUUGCCAAUUUUGUUUUCUAGGAGAAAUAAGCAUGGAGUACCGCGUGACAAGAUUUCCAAGAUGUUGGAACGAUACGAAUAUGAUAUGACUGUUCCAAAUGUUAUGGACUCGGUGGAACCUCCACACUUGAGUUCCUCAAGGAGGGCUCCACAGCCCAUGCAGAGAUGGGGAUCAUCUGUGGACUCUUUACAACACAGCACAUCAUUCCACAACAGAUGACCGUUAUUUACCUAAAGUUCGUUGUUGUUUUUUCCUUUCCCCACCAGCAUUUUUUACCUGCACUGGAGAAUCUUUAUAUUCAGUGUUUUAAACCUCAGAUAGGGGGUAAUACCUCAGAAACCAGGGAAUUGUGUGCAGAUAUUUUUUUUCCUUCUGCUUGCCCUUUUUAAAGUUUUUGUUGGGCAGCACUUUUUUUGCUGUCCAUAUUUACUUUGGUGGGUUAAUAUCAUUAUUGUGCAGAAGAGACUUUUGCUGUAAUAAAUAUUUAUGUUUUAUGAAGGAUCUUAGUUUUAAGUCCCUUUUCUUUUUAUUGUGUGAUGUAGCUUUUUGGUCUAUUAAUAUUGUAUUUCUAUUUCUUAAAUCUUCUCCUAGAAUAUUUUCUGUUGGAAAAUAUAACACUAUUAACACUGGGAUAGUAUGAUUUUCUUUUAUUUGGAUAAAUAUGUGUAUUUUGUAGAGCUUGUCAUGAUGAGGACAGUCAUGGGUACUACUGAAGAAUAAUAUAAUUCUCAAUUCAAAUUCUAAUAAUAAAAAUAUUUAUAAACCCAGACACACUCUCACUCUUGAGGUUCAGCUACCUUGUCAGAUACCAUGGAUCAUCUGAAUUGCUGUAUGUCUGCUCUGACCAUUUGCAUACUGUAUUACUGACUAGAAUUUGCAAGCCAGGCACUUCCACUCAGAAUAUGCAUAUUAUAUUACAAUCAGCUAGAGUGGGUAGCCAUAUUGUUCUGUUAUCUUGGAAAUCUACUACUAGUUUUG